AUGGCAUCGAACAUUUCAACAGCUUUUGGGAACUUCGUCGGUUCAAUCUCCACCAUUGGAAUUGCCUUCGCACACUCCGUGACAGCAUUAUUCAUGGCCGUCCUAGCUUUUGGACAGUCGAUCGUUAGCAGCGUUCUGCAUCUUGUGCAGGCCGUAAUCCUUCUCGGGUUGGACGUGUUUAAAGGUGCCUUAGGAUUUCUGACAGCGAAUUUCUUCGCUAUCGCACUUCUCGGAGGCGGAUACUAUUGGUGGUCUUCGCGGAAGCAGGGCAGAACUGGGACGGGGGGUGGACCGAGGAUCAGAUCACAGAAAUGA